AUGUCCAAAUCCAAGUCAGUUGCACCUAUAGAGGAAACCGAUACACAGAUAAAGGCCGAAGACUAUGAUGAAUACACCUAUGGUGAAGGGAGCCACUGCCGUCAUGUUGUCCCGCUAACAACUACUCCUGAACCUGAGACAUAUGUCAUCUCCAAAGACAGUCCCAAAGCUGGCCCGAGCAAUACACCCAAAUCGGAACUCAGAAAGGCCAAGCUCGCCUUACUCCGCAGCAAUGGCAUCAACAAGAGCUACUCUAUUUUAGCGAACCGGAACGUAGAACUCAUUGAAUUGUUGUGCGAAGAGCUUGCUCGCUCUGAGAAGUGUGUCAAGGAUCUUAUCCAGCACCUCCGCUACGCUCAGGAGAAGUGGAUUAUGUACCACAAACUUUACGUCAAGGAACAAGCCAUAAAUAACCACCCCGGUUGUCCUGACUACUCAUACCUCGCCGAUAAAGAAGAAUAA